AUCAUUCUUUACUGCUAUAAUCAAGAAUGAGUACAAUCGAUCCGAAUCAAACACUUUACAUCAGUAAUAUAAACGGUCGAGUGAAUAAAGAAGAGCUGAGGUUAUCCUUAUACCAGUUGUUCGCAACUUAUGGACCAAUUCUCGACAUCGUUGCUAAAAAAACGGACAAAAUGCGAGAGCAGGCUUUUGUAGUCUAUGAUAAUAUUGCUUCUGCAACCACAGCCAAAAGAAGCUUGAAUGGAUUUACCUUUUUUGGCAAACCAUUGAAAAUUGAAUAUGCCAAAACAAAGUCAGAUGCAGUUGCUAAGUUGGAUGGUACAUACAGAUUAAAGAUAUACAAAGACAAAUCAGGCUCUGAUGUAGUAAAGAGAACGAUGGGGGACAAUGCGGACGGAUACCCAGCCAAAGCGGCACGAACAGAUGAUACAGAUGAGAGUGACGAUGAUCAUGCAUAAACGUGAAGAGUAGUAGAAUAUCGGCAAUUUAAGGCAGGACUUAUCAUAUAUGUAUAUACGCGCAUACGCUCCUUUAAGGCAAAACGAAAAAAAAGAAAAGAAAAAAACCAGAUGAACCAAUAUGAAUAGUUCCAGUUUACAGAUUUUGUGAUUACACGAAAAUAAAAAUUGAAGAUUUUACUUGGGUUCUUAUUUUAGCU